CUUCUUGAAAAUAUAAACCAGAAGGGUUUAUGUUUUCAGUCAGUGUGACUGAGAGCAGAAAUGGAGCAGAAUCAGCUGGACAGAGAAACGUUCACCUGUUUGAUCUGUCUGGAUCUACUGAACAAUCCGGUGACUACUUCCUGUGGACACAGCUACUGUAAGAACUGUAUUGAAACCCACUGGGAUGGAGAGAAUUGGAAGAGAAUCUACAGCUGCCCUCAAUGCAGGGAGAGGUUUAUACCGCGGCCCGUGCUAAAGAAGAACACCAUGCUAGCAGCUUUACUAGAGCAGCUGAAGAAGGCUGAACUCCAAGCUGAAGAUGUAGCCUGUGAUUCCUGCACUGGAAGAAAACUGAAAGCCAUCCAGUCCUGUUUAGACUGUCUGGCCUCUUUCUGUGAGAAACACCUUCAGCCUCAUUACGAUUCAGCUGCUUUUAAGAAACACAAGCUGGUGGAGCCGUCCAAGAAUCUCCAGGAGAACAUCUGCUCUAAGAAUGAUGAGGUGACGAAGAUGUUCUGCCGCACUGAUCAGAAGUGUGUCUGUCUCAUUUGUUUGAUGGAUGAAUAUAAAGGCCACAACACAGUCUCAGCUGCAACAGAAGGGACAGAGAGGCAGAGAGAGCUGGAGGAGAGACGAGAAAACAUCCAGCAAAGAAUCCAGGAAGAAGAUGUGAAGCCGCUUCAACAGGAGGUGGAGGCCAUCAAUCGCUCUGCUGAUAAAACAGUGGAGGACAGUGAGAAGAUCUUCACCCAGCUGAUCCGUCUCCUCCAGAAAAUAAGUUCUGAUGUGAAGCAGCAGAUCAGAUCCCAGCAGGAAACUGAAGUGAGUCGAGUCAAAGAUCUUCAGGAGAAGCUGGAGCAGCUCUCACACACAGAGGAUCACAUACAGUUUCUCUUCAACUACCCCUCACUGCCAGCACUCAGUAAGUCUACAUACUCAUCCAGCAACAACAAUAUCCGUCCUCUGAGACACUUUGAGGACGUGACAGCAGCUGUGUCAGAGCUCAGAGAUAAACUACACGACGUCCUGAGAGGCUCAUGGACAAACAUCUUACAUAGACUUAAUGAUGUGGAUGUUUUACUACCAGGACCAGAACCAAAGAGCAGAGCUGGAUUCUUAAAAUACUCAUUUGAAAUCACUCUGGAUCCAGACACAGCGCACACACGCCUUUUACUAUCAGAGGGGAACAGGAAGGUGACAGGAAUAAGUCAGGAUCAGUCUUAUUCUCGUGUCCGAGACAGAUUCACUAAUUGGUGGCAGGUUCUGAGUCGUGAGAGUCUGACUGGUCGUUGUUACUGGGAGGUGGAGAGGUGUGGGACAGUUGAUAUAGCAGUCGCAUACAAGAAUAUCAGCAGAGCAGGAAGUAAGAAUGAAUGCGGAUUUGGAAAUAAUGAAAAGUCUUGGGCUUUAGAGUGUUCCCCAUACAGUUUUCACUUUGGACACAAUGACAUCUGGACCCCCAUCUUAGCUCCAGUUCCCUCCAGAGUCGGAGUGUACCUGGAUCACAGAGCAGGUAUUCUGUCCUUCUACAGCGUCUCUGAAACCAUGACUCUCCUCUGCAGAGUCAAGACCACAUUCACUGAACCGCUACUGGCUGGAGUUUGGGUUGGUUCUACUAAAGACUCAGCAGAGUUCUGUAAUCUCUGAUAGAUUUUCAGUCUUUUCAUUGUUCUGAUGCCUCUGCUGUUCUGUUCUUUAUUUUUCUGGUUUAAAUGUAGUUCUCUGUGUUCCAGGAAAGAAAAUCACCGCAGAUAUUUUUGGUCAUUCUGAUAUGAUACAAAUGUUUCUCCACACAAAAAUCUAAAUUUAUCUGGGUUUAUUAAAACACUCACAGAAAUACUUAACACUAACUUUUAAGAUUUAUGUAAUUUUAUUACAUGACAAAUUUCCAUUGACCUUUUUCAAAUAAUUUAAAUGCAAAACUAUCAAAUAAACUUAACAUGAUUCAUAUUCAUCGGCAUAAUAAAGCCCAUUUAUUUAAAUUGCAUAAUCUUUAGGUUUAAGUAUUUGAUAUUUUUAAAUACUUAAACUAUAUUAAAUACUAUUAUUAAAUUAACAAUAACAAGUGUAUUUAUUUCAAACACGUAAAGUAUAUCGUUUUGAAUUGCAUAGCAACCAAGAUACCUAUGUAAAUUAGAUAGCAUAUAUUUCUUUGAUUUACAUGUGACUUAUUAUCACAUUUAUGAAAUUUCUUCCUAUUCAAUCAAUUGUGAUGGUACCUGGACUGAACUUACAUAGCAGUUGUCUAAUCAUUUUUGGCUACUCAAAGCACUUUACACCCAAAUAAUUUUACACCAAUCUGGGAUUAAAUGUCUUGUCCAGAGGACGUAUUGCAGAAGGAAACUGGAAUUGAACCUACAACAUUCCUAUCACAAGACAACUACCCACAGAGCCACAGUCCCAUGCCCGUCACAUGGACUUGAGUGCUGGGGAAAGUCCGUCCUCUUUCUCAUUUCCCUUCUUAAGAUGGAUGGCAGCCAAAGGGACUUUACCACAGCCUACAGGUGCAGGAUAUUGUGUCCGGCUCCCCAUUUUUCCCCUCGUAACUUCAAUAAAAGCCAUUCAUAAAAUUUAAAUACCAGAAACUUGUUUGUUUACAACUUUAAUUAUUUAGUGUAUAUUAAUCGAUAAUAUUCAAUACAUUCUAGAAUCAAUUAGAUUAUAUAGACAAUAAUAAAUUUAAAGGCAUAUGUAUACAAAAUUGAGUUUUAAAUAAAAUCAAACAGAUGUAAAUUCAUAAAACUGUGCCAUGAAUCAUUUAUGUGAUUGUAGUUGUGCCUUAAUAUUUAUACUGAUGUAUGUAUUGUAUCAUGGUUUUCCUUCUGCUAUUUUGCACAUGUUGCUGUUGUUUAACUCAGGUGAUACCGAAGUGAACUGAACUUGAUUCUGAUUUUUUUUCAUUGUGAUCCAAAGAAGAAACUAAAACUAGAAUCAAAUUAGAACACUGCUGCAUGUUUUCCUCUCAAUUCUUUAGAUUUAGAAAGUAAACCAAGUGUCUGUUGUUCUGUUUGUUUGACUUUUUCAAAAAAACAAUU